AGCCUCCUGCGGUUUCCCUGGGUGGCAUGAAGGCCGCCGAUGGCGCCAGAGGAACCGGCAGCGAGGGGCCGCGCAAGCUAGCGCUCUGCGUCCUCUGCGGCCUGCCUGCAGCAGGAAAGUCGACCUUCGCGCGCGCCCUCGGUCAGCGGCUGCGGCAGGAGCAAGGCUGGGCAGUCGGCGUCGUCGCUUAUGAUGACGUCAUCCCUGAGGCGUUUCUCGACGGGGCGGGCGCGCGGCCGCCGCCAUCUCAGUGGAAAUUACUUCGACAGGAACUGUUGAAGUACCUGGAAUACUUCUUGAUGGCUGUCGUUAGCGGGUGUCAGAUGUCUGCCCCACCCAACAGGACUGAAGCCAUGUGGGAAGAUUUCAUCACCUGCUUAAAGGAUCAAGAUCUGAUAUUUUCUGCAGCGUUUGAGGCCCAGUCUUGCUACCUCUUAAUGAAAACUGCUGUUUCUAGACCUUUGCUUUUGAUUUUAGAUGACAACUUUUAUUAUCAAAGUAUGAGAUAUGAAGUCUACCAACUGGCUCGGAAAUAUUCGUUAGGCUUUUGCCAGCUCUUUUUAGAUUGUCCUCUUGAGACCUGUUUACAGAGGAAUGGCCAGAGACCACGGGCACUACCUGCUGAGACCAUCCACCUGAUGGGGAGAAAGAUAGAAAAGCCCAACCCUGAGAAAAAUGCUUGGGAACACAACAGCCUCACAAUUCAGAGUCCAGUGUGUGCUUUGGAGGCCAGCCUGGAGGUGACUGAUGUAUUGCGUACUGCUUUGGAAAAUCCAGUAAAAUAUGUUGAGGACAAUGUGGAACAAAAGGAAACAGACAGAAUUAUAUGUUCAACUAACAUUCUUCAUAAAGUGGAUCAGACACUCCGAAGAAUUGUGUCUCAGACGAUGAAGGAAGCAAAAGAUGAACAAGUGCUUCCUUACAACUUGAAGCUUCUAGCAGAAGAACUUAAUAAGCUCAAAACAGAGUUUUUGGAAGACCUAAGACAAGGAAACAAAAAAUAUCUGUGCUUUCAACAAAUUAUUGACAUAUCAGAUAUCAUUUCUUUUUUUCAUUAUGAGAAAGAUAAUAUUGUACAGAAAUAUUUUUCAAAGCAGCAUUAAAAUAUCUGAAUUUCCAGUCAAAUGUCUGAUUUU